AUGGAAAACACUCUCUCUCCAGGCCUCCAGGAGCAGAGCUCGCCUCCUCACAGCUGCAGCUCAACUUCCGGAUCACCGUCAGCAGCUCGGAGAAGAAGAAGAAGGGGAGGCCCUCGGCCGGCGGCCCGCGGGUCUUCGGCGCUCCCCUGGAGAGCGUGCCCAGGAGCUUGGUGUCCGGGUUCGGCCUGGUGCCCUGGUGAGAGCGCAGCUGGUGAGGUGGCGCCGGCGCGGGCUGACGCUUGGUUCACGCCUUUGUGUGGCAGCUUCCUGGUGGACGCUUGUUCCUGGCUGCUGGAGCGCGGCGGGACGGUCGGCCUGUUCAGGAAGGCAGGCUCCCUCCCACGCAGCAGGGAGCUGAGGAUCAAGCUGGACGAAGGGCAGAGCUGUCUCCGGGGCGCCCUCCCGCACGACGUGGCCUCGCUCAUCAAGCAGUUCUGCAGGGAGCUGCCCGAGCCCCUCUUCCCCCCGGAGGUCCAGGCGCCGCUGCUGCAGGCCCAGGCGCUGCCCGCCGCCGGGGAGCGGACCACGGCCCUGCAGCUGCUCUGCUGCCUGAUCCCGGCCCCAAACGCCUCCUGCCUCCACUUCCUCUUCCACUUCCUCUGCCAGCUCUCCCACAGGUGCCAGGAGAACCUGAUGACCAGCUCCAACCUGGCCACGGUCUUCGCCCCGUGCCUGCUGCCGCCGCCCAGCAGGGCCGAGAGCAGGGAGGCGCGGCUGCGGCUGAGGGUGCAGCUGCUGCAGGGCUUCAUCCAGAGCCCCGGCUUGCUGGGGGUGGAGCCCAAAGCUGUGAUGGAGAGCGUCCAGUCGCUGAAGGACUCUGAGAGCGGCCCUCGGAGGAGACGCACUUUCAAAGCGAUGCGCUCCAUGAUGGCCGCCUCUUGGAGCGUGCCCAGGUCAAAGGUCAGGACAAGGGAGUCCAGCUGUGCCCGCAGACCCCCCCCACUCAGGAGGAGCUUCGGGACGGCCGACAUCCAGCAGUUCCGGACCUGCAUGCUGAGCAACGCUCCGGCCAAGAGGCCAGGCAGAGGCGGCGGCGGCGCACGGGAGGCCGAGAAGGUGGCUGACAGGAGCGGGAAUGACGCAGGGACAGCACAAGAGCCAGCCCUCUGUCCAGAACGUUGGUCGUCACUCGUUUUAAGCGUCGGUUCGUCUGCGGAGUCCAGAAGACGUGUUUGUUUCACUGGGAUGCAGCGUUUUAUUUUGAAGGCAGGACGUUGGCGCUUCAUUCCCAGGAGCUUGACGGAGCUCAGGCCAGAGCAGGCGCGUGCAUCAGUGACCAAGAUGAGCCAGUCGGCGGCGCGCGUCUCCCUGCUCGGCCUCCUGCUGUGCGGGCAGCUGUGCGCGGCCUGGAGCCAGCUGUCCGAGGCCGACAUCCAGCGGCUGCUGCACGGCGUCAUGGAGCAGCUGGGCAUCGCUCGGCCGCGGGUGGAGUACCCGGCGCACCAGGCCGCGCACGUCGAGGGGCCGCAGAGCAUCCAGGGUGGCGCUCACGAGGGACUGCAGCAUCUCGGCCCGUACGGAAACAUCCCCAACAUCGUGGCCGAACUGGCCGGGGACAACGUCCCCAAAGACUUCAGCCAGGACCACGGCUAUCCCGACCCCCCGAACCCCUGCCCGAGGGGCAAGACCGCUGCCGACGGAUGUUUGGAGGAGGCGCCGGACACGGCCCAGUUCAGCCGGGAGUUCCAGCAACACCAGCACCGGUUCGACCCGGAGCACGACUACUCCGCUGUGGCCAAGUGGAACAAGGAGCGACUGUACCAGAAGCUGCAGGGCGGAGGCCGGAGGAGGAGAAGGAGCCUGAAUCCCUACCUGAUGGGUCAGCGCCUGGACAACGUGGUGGCCAAGAAGUCGGUUCCUCACUUCUCUGAGGAGGACGCGGCGGCGGCGGCGGCGGCGGCGGCCUAAUCCCUUGUUUCCACUCAGACUUCUUUUGAGGCACAGUCACCAGAUGUUUGAACCCGUCACCCAGAUGAUGAGGAUCUGCUCGGAGACUGAGCCUCUUCAUGUCCCUCGCUCGUCGUCUGAAGCUCGAACACCCGUCUUUGUGUACACGCUUGUUUGGUGAUGUUGCUGUAACCUUCAUAAAGUUUGAUCUGCAUUGAGAAGCCAUUCCAGUCCACUUUAUUCCCCGUCGCGUGUGGAGUUAGCGUGAAGCCAAUUUACAACCAGACAUGUUGACAAGGAUCUUGUCAUUUCGAGACAC